AUGGAAAUUAAUUUGAUCUGGGUUUUCAUGCCGAUAGUGUCUUUUCUUGCCGUCGUUUAUUGGUACAUCACGAGAAACGAUAAGUACUUCCACGAUAAACCCAUUCCGUGGUUGGCGGCGGAGUUUCUCUUUGGAAGCUCGCGGCGCUUGUUGCUGAAGAAGAUAUCCUUUCACGAGUUCAUCAUUGAUAUCUACAACAAGUUCCCGCUAGUGAAGGUGUUUGGUAUGAUGGAAACGAUGAAGCCAACGUUCGUGGUGCGCGAUCCGGAGUUGAUCAAGCGCAUCGGUGUGAGGGAUUUUGAGUACUUCAUGAACCAUCGACCAAUUUUCGGUAGCAGCGAGGAUCGCCACAGCACGGCUCUGUUCGGCAAGACGCUGGUUUGGCUCAACGGGCAACGUUGGCGGGAUAUGCGAGAGAAACUCAGUCCGGCCUUCACUAGUUGUAAAAUGCGCCAGAUGUUCGACCUGAUCGUCGAGUGCAGCACCAAUAUGGUGGAGUUUUAUCAGAGCGAAAUCCGUAACACCAAAGUCCCACAGGAGCAUGAGAUGAAGGACGUGUUUACACGGUUCGCCGCGGAUGUGAUUGCGACGUGCGCCUUCGGUAUCAAGGUGGACUCACUACGUAACCCGUACAAUGAUUUCUACCUCAACGGGAAAAAGAUGAUGAUGUUAAAUCGACCGAUCGUGUUGGCAAAAAUGAUCGGUUUUCGGGUGGUUCCGAAACUCAUGAGCUGGCUAAACCUAGACCUGUUCGAUCGUGAGCAGAACGCAUACUUCACCGAGAUCAUGCGGGAGACGGUUCGAACUCGGGAGGCACUCGGUAUUGUACGUCCGGAUAUGGUCAACUUACUGAUGCAGGCUCGCAGGGGAGGUCUCAAGCAACAACGUGAAACGGAAGACCGAGAAGAGGUCAAAGGCUUCGCCACCGUCGAAGAAUUCGUGGUGGAUCAGAGCGAAACGGAUAAGAGCAUGCCGAUGACGGAGCAGGAAAUGGUAGCCCAGUGUCUGCUAUUCUUCCUCGCAGGGUUCGACACUGUCUCAACGUGCCUGGCAUUCCUCGUAUUUGAGCUGACGAUCAACCGCGAGGUACAGGAUCGGCUCUACGAGGAGAUCUGUGCGACAAGUGUGUCACUGGGUGGAAGUCCACUCACCUACGACGUGAUGCAAGGUAUGCGAUAUAUGGACAUGGUUGUUUCGGAAGUGUUACGCAUGUGGCCACCAGCCUCAGCUACAGAUCGACUGUGCGUACGUGACUACGUUUUGAACGAUGGUGAUCGCCUUAAGUUCACUAUUGAUAAAGGCACGGUAGUGUUUAUCCCGAUCUCUGGACUGCACCACGACCCGCAGUACUUCCCGAACCCAAGCAAAUUCGAUCCAGAGCGCUUUAGUGAGGCGAACCGGGAAAAGAUUAACCCGAGCACAUAUCUGCCGUUCGGUAUCGGACCGCGGAAUUGCAUCGGAUCGCGUUUCGCCCUCAUGGAAGUUAAGUCCAUUAUCUAUUACAUGCUGCAAGAGUUUUCGUUCGAGCGUACUCCAAACACUCAGGUGCCGCUUCGUCUUGCAAAGGGCUUUUCUGGAAUACGCAGCGAAAAGGGCGUGUUCGUGGAGUUUCGGCCAAGAAAGUGA